AUGAAGGUUAUCGCUGCUUACUUGUUGGCCGUAUUGGGAGGCAACGCAUCCCCUUCAGCUGCUGAUAUUAAGAAAAUUCUCGGAUCAGUUGGUGUUGAAGCUGAGGACUCAAAUAUUGAGUUGCUCCUAACUGAAGUCAAGGGCAAAGAUUUUGCUGAACUAAUUGCCAGCGGAAGAGAAAAGUUGUCUUCAGUUCCAUCUGGUGGUGGUGCUGUUGCGGUUUCUGCUGCAACUGGAGGAGGUGCUGCAGCUGCUGCUCCUGCUGCUGAAGCUAAAGAGGAGAAGAAGGUAGAAGAGAAGGAAGAAUCCGAUGAUGACAUGGGAUUCAGCUUAUUUGAUUAA